UUUGUGUGUGUAUGAUAGUUUUACUUCUUACCAUUUUAAGCCAAAAAAAAAAGAUCCUUGUUGGUUUAACUUUCAGGUCAGAUGAUGAGUGUCAUGGCAGCACUGUGUAUGAACAUGCUGACAAUCAGCAUGUUACUGACUAUAUUCAUUCUUUCAGGUGCUCUGGCUUGUCCUGAGGAUUCAGCUUUAUUCGUCACUACACCAGAGAAGCUGGAAGCACUGAGUGGAUCUUGUCUCCAAAUCCCAUGUAGCUUCAGACCCAAAGAAGAACAGAAAUUUAACAGCACAAGAAAAACCUUUGGAGUGUGGAUUAAAAAUGAUACCAAAAUUUCCAUUUAUCCAAACAAUGUGAUCUACAACAGUAGUGGAGCAGUUAGCAUCUAUCCAAUGAGUAUUACUGGGAACCUGAGUCAGAGAGACUGCACCACUCUGUUUUCUGAUUUAUCCACCACAUACACAGACACAUACUUCUUCAGAGUAGAGAAUGAACCAUUCAAAGCCACAGCUUACUGUGAUCGUCUUCAAAUUACAGUUAGAGAUUCUCCUUGGAGGCCCAAUAUUACAAUCUCAGGUGAUCUGAAGGAGAAGGAGUCUGUCACUAUAACCUGCUCAGCUCUCACUCCCUGUCCACACUCCCCUCCUCAACUCACCUGGAAUCUCCAACAAGACUCUCACAACAAAAUAGAGGAAAACACAGAUGGAAGCUUUACAACUAAAAUCCAGCAGACCAUCACUCUGUCAGACACACAUGAUGGAAAGAAGAUCAGCUGCUCUGCCAGAUAUCCUGUGAACCAAGGAAAAGACACCAAGACAGCAGAGACAGAAGAGACUCUCAGUGUUUCAUACCCUCCCAGGCUGAUCAGUCCCACUGGUCCUGUAUCAGUGGGCAGCAUGGUGACUCUAACCUGUUCCUGCCGGGCAAACCCUCCUGUUGACAGCUAUGUCUGGUUCAUGACCAGUGGUGACAAACUGGAGACGAUCAAAGCUAACACAAAGGUUUACAGCUUUGAGGUGACCAAACUCGAUCGAGACAGAUUGUUUUACUGCGGCUGCGGGAAUCAUCUGGACAUCCAGAUAUCAGCAGGCAGUCAGCUGCUGUUUGAAGGUGACGAACACUGGGGGAAAAAGGCUGUAAUGAAGACUGUGGGAAUCAUAAUACUUGUCAGCAUACUGGUCAUCUUUGAGUGCUGGUUUAGACUGAAACGUCCCAACAAACCAGAGGCAGAAAGAUAAGCAGAGCUUAUAAUCUAACAACUAAAGUGUCUGCAAGUCUCAUGAGGAAGUGAAAUCUAAGGAAGUAAAAACUUAAAAUAUCCCUUCAUUUACUGCCACGGUUAGCAAGAACCUAAAGCUUGUACAAGUUUCUAAAAUUCUCUGUUGUUUUAAUGGUAAUACAGAAGAAAGGUUUAAAUACUAGUGUCCUCACAGCACACAGCGUACCGAGCAGCCACAUGAUAGUAAAGACAGUUGUUGCUGGUUUUGAAAAGUGCCACAGUGCAGCAUUUAAAAGCUAAAGAAACAUAUUACCCAACACUGGGUGACAGAAUCCUAAUUCCAAAAAAAGCAGGGGACUUUCUGUGUAUCACUGAUGUGUAAUUGCACUUCUUUUUUCUACCAUCAUGAUCAGUUUGAUUCAUCUACAAAACCACAGAAUACACAGAGCACUGGUCAUGUGACACUUGAAACUUUUAAAAUACAAAUUCAUAUAAUAAAGAAAAGCACUGAUGAAAACAACAGAUCAAGUCAAUUAUUAAUAUUUAGUAAAACGAAUCAUUACUAUAGCUUUAACAAUAGAAACAGAGAAACAUUAUCACCUUCAUAGUACAAAUGAUGAAUUAAGUAAAUUCCGGACAUUAGCAAACUUCCGGAUAAAGUUCUGGAUGAUUUUGGUUUUCGUGUGUUUUUACUGCUUUGUGUUUGUCCAUGUCAUCUUUCAAAAAUAAAAAAAUCUGUAUUUGAUUUCAUGAUUUGUGAUUGGUGAAACCUCUUUUUCCUUUUUAAAGGUAAUCACACUUUGUGAGUGAACUGGAUGCAUGUGUGAAUGUAUUUCACGACAUGUAGUAUUAAGGAGAUAAUAAAACUGGAGGUUGAGAUUAAAGCUUUCAGUUUUAAUCAGCACCUUUAUCGCCUUUUCUCUCAGCCCAGUUUGUGCUCAUAUAUCUUCAGAAUACCUGUGUGUAUAAUUACUGUUGAUAUUGUAAGGAUCCGAGAUUGGUGGGGUUUGCUUUUCCUGUUUUUACCCAUCGUUUCUUUAGGAACAGGUGGGUGAGUGGGCGUGGCCGCAGUUCUCGGGGUGUUCGGCUUGUGGUGUUUGGCAUCGUCAAGCUGGUGAAGAACAGCGUUGUGCCAGCUGUGCUUCAGCUCUGUGGUAAUGGGCUCAUUCCGGGAAUCUCCAGCAGUAACCUUCGUCUUGUCGUCAUCCCUCUGCAGAGCUACUCCUACUAAGAUCGCUCGUCUGUUUACUCCGUUCGCCCCCCCGGAGAACAGCGUUAGGCACGGAUUCCUCACUUCGGACCUUCACGCCGGUGCUUCACCUGCUUGCCUGGAUUUCUCCUCAUCACCUUCCUGCACUUUUCCCAAACGUCCAGCCACCUGCCCGCCUGCUCCCAUUAAUCUAACGUUACUGUGUGUGCGCUUAUCACCGGUCUUUGUCCUUUUUCUUUCUCUUCAGGUCCUUCCCGUUUCACCUGCUCAUCAAGUGUUUCCAUUUUCCUUCUUUAAUUCACCGUAAAUCAACUUUU